AUGUCGGAGCGGAUAGCUAGUGAAGAGGCAGACAACGGAGAAGAGUCAGGCAGUGUAUAUCCCGAGUAUUGGUGGGAUGAAAGGCAGAGGCGCGAGGUUGAAAGCAAGAUUAGCGGUGCCGUCGGCUAUGUCUACAGAGGCUUUGAACGACCAGUGAACCCAACUAUGAGAACGGCGGAUCAAAAAAUGCGAGAAAAGAAGCGGAAGGGCCGAACGAUAAUCCGCAAAUACCUGCUAGCCCUUCUCCUCAUCUCAUUUUUUGCCGCCCCAUACAUCAUCAUCAGCACUCUCACCCGCUGGAACAGCGGCAACAGCACCCCGCUCCAACGCGCGCUGAUCAUGCUGUGGAUCGUCAACAGCAACAUUGGAGUACUACUGGCGGUGGUAGUCACUCUUCUACAGCAAGUAGUGGCGAGCGCUCCUCGCAGAAUGUGCCGGAUUGCGUUCCCGCUGGUGCUUCUCCUCGCGACCGCGGUGAUAUACGUUCCGGCCGUGGGGGGCAUGUAUAUGGCGGCGAACUUGAUACUGGGUGAUCGUACCUGUACGAGGCUGUAG